AUGGAUAUCAUCAAGUCUAUCCUCCCUGAAGCAAAGGGUGUUCUACCCUACUACAUGAUCAUCCUGUCCAUUAUUUCGAUCGGAAACUCGCUGCAGACGUAUACAACCCUACACUUCUCCCGACGAGUCUACAACGGCAAAUUCGUCCGCAACCCCAAGCUCCCCUCCAAGACCGAUAAGUUCGAGCCCGAGGAUCAGAUCAACAAGCUGGUUCCUGCUCAGAACGACCCCAAGGCUACCGAUCAGCUUACUCCCCUUGCCGGAAGACUUUUCGGUACCUGGACGCUCAUCACUUGCGUUGUUCGAUGCUACGCAGCUUAUAACCUCCACAUUGGUCCUGUUUACACCAUUGCUUACUGGACUUACAUUGUCGCGCUGGGACAUUUUGCCAGUGAGCUUUUCGUUUUCAAGACCAUGACUUUUGGUCUCCCUCAGUACUUCCCUUUCACUCUGGCUUCCAUCUCUCUUAUCUGGAUGCCUCUUGUCCGUGACUACUAUGUCGAGUACAACUAA